AUGAUGCGAAGCGUGCGGAGCUCUUUGAGCUCGUUCGGCCAGGACUUAGACAACACCGAUGGACCAGAUGUGCCAGCGACACCAAAGAAGAGCGGCGCGGCAGAACGGCUCCGAAGUUCGGUGCGCUACUUCGGAAGCCUGGUGAUCAACCCGGGUGGUUCCGCGGAUUACUUGAGCACCGGAGGAAACCUGAUCCUCAUGCGCUCUUCUGUGUCAACGACCAGCUUCUCCGGCGAUGGGGACGAUCGAGGCAGAGGCCGGUGUUGUGCCGCAAAGUCCUACUACGUGCCGCAAAGCACCCUCAGACGCGGCUUCGUGAAGCUGGAGUCUCGCUACUCCUCCGAUGCCCCAGGUGAUCUUCCGCCCAGUAUCAUACUGGGUGCUCUGCGACGAUUUGAUGCGGAGUUCCGCCCAGGGCGGAACGAGAUUGACCGCUUGAAUCUCAUCGAACAGCUCGCCCACUCCGAACGAGAUAUCGGCAAAGUCAGGUGGAACUGCAAAGAGCUUUUACAGGCCUUCUUCGUGAAAAUGAACUUCUUCGAGCGUCUAUACUUUACGGUGGACGUCGGGGGCACCUCCAGCUUAUUGUCCAGAGCUGUGAGUGCCAUCAUGGUUGCAGCCAUUGUAAUUAGCAUUGCGAUCUGGAUGGCCGGAACCAUGGUUUCGUUCUCAGUAGUCCCUUGCGUAGACUGCGAGCCCGAACCGCUGCCCUGGAUGCAAGCGGUCGACGAGACCUGCGUUGUCAUUUUUACCAUCGAGUUCCUGACAAGGAUGCUCACUGCCCCGUUCGCACGGACAAAGCUGCUGAAUCGUCGCUUCCUGCUCGAAACGGUCUUUACCGUCGGCGCGAAGACGGAGGAUGCUUCGGAACUCUCUCAGGCGGAUUUGGGCCGCAUCCAGUGGUCCAAGUUCGUGUCGAACUGGUGGAGCUUCUGGAAACAGCCGGCUGCCAUCGUGGAUCUUUUCACAGUUCUGCCCUAUUGGAUUGAAGUUUGGUUCGCCACCAGCUCGGACAGUAACUUUAUCUGGCUGCGUCUGUUCAGGCUACUUCGAGUGAGCAGGAUCUUCAAGUUGGUGCAGAUACUGAAUUCAGAUCUUGGCCAGCUCAGUGAUGCGCAGCACCUCUUGGCGAACGUCUUCGUUCAGGCCUUCCCAGCGUUUAUCCUCACAACGGCGUUGCUGGUCUUCGCACUGAUUGUUUUCAGCGCCCUGAUGUACACCGUGGAGCGGGGCGACUGGUACCCUGAGUCUGUAGUGAUGCGGAUGGAGACGACUCUCACAGCUUUAGCCGGCAGCCAGGGAGCUGCAGAGGCGAUCCUGCACGAAGCCAGGACGUCUGGUGGGGUGUUUAUCCGGACGCAAGGAGAUGGGUUUGUCGACAUGAGCCCCUUCACGAGCAUUUUAUCUGCCUUCUGGUGGACCCUGGCGACCAUCACCACAGUCGGCUACGGUGACAACACCCCCAUAACAAUAGGGGGCAAGGUGGUUGGAUCGUUUGCCAUCCUCUAUGGCACGAUCUUGCUGGGCCUUCCCAUUGGCAUCAUCGGUUCGCAGUUCAGCACGGAGUUCGCGCGCAUGGUGGCCACAAAUCGGAUCAAUCGAUCCCGGCAUGAGCGAAAUCACCAGAGGAAGGACGAGGCUGAACAGAGCCGCGGAAGAAGUGGGCUGAUGAGCAUGGAUGCAGGAGGUGUCGAGUCUGCGCAGACGAGUCCCACAACGUCUCCGUCCAAACUGAAGAAGAAGAUGUCGCACCGUGUUGUGGACACCUUCAGGAGAGUGGUCCGAACCAGCGGCAACCGUGCUCCCAGGGCUGGCGAGCAGGUGGUCUCUGCGGCAGCGAAGCUGCACCGGCUGCCGUUGAGACCGCGGCAGCGCGAGCAGCUAAUCUCGGCCAAGUAUGCCUUCGAAGACCUCAUGAAAAUGCAUGGCGAAAGCCUUGGCAUCGCGCCGGAAACACAGCAGGCUUGGCUCGAUUGCUUAUGGGCCACGCAGUUCUGUGCGGGCCCUGACCUGGACAGACUGUCUGCAAGGAUUUUGACCUUCCUUUCUGAUGCCGAGAUGCGGCGCGGAGGUGGUUAUGCUCAGCUUGUCCGCCUGGCUUGGUUUGACCUUUGCAUGGCCUGCUGCUCUGUCUCGGAGAAGACAUCGCAGAAGCGGCCGAGCGUGAAGUCGGAGAAUUCUGCAGAUCAGAGCCUCUCCGAUUCGGCCUCGGUCUCGGAUGGUAACGAGAUCCAGGAGAGGGUUUGGCAACAACUGCGAGGUGCAGAGCAGAGCAAGACAUCGCUGUAG